AUGUGGUGUUCCAAGAUAAGGCAAGCACUUGCUAAUUUGAGUCCACAAGCAGGAAAUGUGAGACAUCCAUUUCCUUUCAGGCAAGCAGCACAGUUCUCUGGCAGCACAAAAGCAUCGCUUCCACUGCUAAAUCUCAAGCGUUCAGAAACCUGUUGCUCUUCUGUGGAUAUACCAUUCUAGAUUUGUUAUUUGGAUGUUAUGGAUACAAACAGUACUUACUCUCCAAUCACAUGGCCACCAAAGUUCUGGGAACAGAUAACAAUAGCCUUCACGGUGUCCAUGCUGAUUGGACUGGUAAUUGGAGGCCUCAUUUGGGCUUUGUUCACUUGCUUGUCCCGGCGCAGAGCGAGUGCCCAUAUUUCCCAGAGUGGCUCCUCAACCUUCAGCCGUCGGUCCAGACCCUCCUCCCAUGGCCACACUACAGGCAGGACUGGUUUUUACCGCAACAGUAGCUGCGAGCGUCGGAGCAACCUCAGCCUGGCCAGCCUCACCUUCCAGCGGCAAGCCUCCUUAGAACAGGCCAAUUCUUUCCCCAGGAAGUCAAGCUUCCGUGCCUCCACCUUUCACCCGUUCCUGCAAUGUCCUCCCCUCCCCGUCGAGACGAACAGUCAGCUGAUCACCCUCACUCCCACAAACACCACCACAACUCUUGUGGGGAGCACCACCAACAGCUUGAGUCGACCUGAAUUCCACUGGUCUAACAACAACCUCCGCAUCUGCCACUCCACACAAACCCCACCUCCUGCCUACGAAACCAUCAUAAAGGCUUUCCCAGACUCCUGAGCUGUGUCCUUGCUUCAAGAAUGCAGGUGCAUUUUAGGCAGAACCUCAGUCAUCUGUGCAAAACGCAGACCUCCGAGAAGCCUCCACCUCCCGUUAUGGCGGGGACAUACCUUGCCUAGAGGCUGGUAGCAGCAGCUUGUUAGAUUCCAUUAUUCCGCUGUUCAAGAGAUCACUUGCCUUGCACUGCUGGCUCUAAUCUACUGUGCUGCCUUAUGCUUGCAUAUUUAUAGUAUUGUGUUGUUAAUUGUAACCAUUGGAUCUUCGGAGGAGUGAAAAUACUGCCAUAUGAAAUCCAGAUCAUUUACUGAAGAAACAGAUCAAGCUAGGGGUUAUCAAUAUUUACAUAUUUCUGCAAGUCUCACUAUUCUGCCUUUUUUUAUUCUUUUAAAGGAGACAUUCUGGUUUACAUAUUCUCUCAAGGUUGUUCAAUUUGCAGAUCACCUGCCAGCGUCCACCUUCUCUCUAUAACCACAGAACACCUUCUGUGUGAGGAACCUUAGGUGUAGACCUUGCAGGGGAUUUAAUGUCAGAGUCCUGGCUAUGGCAUUGCUGAUGUCUGAUGGUCUUUGUCCUAAUUCUAUAGGCUCUUAAAAGGCUUCACGUGAAGACUACUUAUGUAGAUUUCCUCACAGCAUGAGAAAAAUGUUGAAACAUGCAAAACUUCCCAGGGAGAGAUGCUUCAGACCACAUACUCAACAAUUACAAGGAUUUUCUUUUCUCUGCAGACAACAGAAGAAGUAGACACAUUUUAAUACCCAGUCCGGCUGUAUGGAAGCAGAACUCCCCAUGUUUCAUUUUUCUAGGUCUGCUUAUCAAGAUAAGUAGCAUGAAUGACAACUCUUUUUUUAAUUAAGUUUCCUGUUUUGCUAUGGGAUUACUCAUUUCCUUAUUUCCAGUUGUUUUUUCUCAAACUGCACCAACAUUUAAUCCUUCCUGGGAAAUUAUGCACUGAAACCUUGUCUUUCACCAAAGCAAGAUCUCAGGCGGGUAUGGCUGAGCACUGGGGUUGUACCAUUAGCUGGAAUGUGAAGGUAAGGAUGGUAUAUUAGGUUGAGGUUACACAUAUGUUCUUUUUUAUGUGUAUAUGUCAAGGUAACCCCUGGAUGAGUAGAGACUAUGAGAGAGGAGUCAAGGAUCUAGAAACAACACAGACAAAUGGGGCCUGACUUAAGACUUAAUUUAUCAGUUUCCAGCUCAAUAUUUCUGCUAUGGAACACCAGAACAGGCAGCCCAGGAGGGUUGUGGAGUCUCCCUCUCUGGAGAUGCUCAAACGCCCCCUGGACAUGCUCCUGUGUGAUCUGGUACAGGGGGGUUGGAAUGGAUGAUCUUUCGAGGUCACUCCAAGCCCCCGAUAUUCUGCCAUUCUGUGUACUCAAAGAGAGGAUGAAGUAUUUCCACGAGCAGCAGAGCAGGCCUCCUGUUCCUCACUUAAAAAUAAGUCUGUUGUUCCCAAAGGGCUGAGCAGCCAGCAGCUGCAGAGCUCCUGCCGGCGGGGAGGCUGGGCCCGUGCCUUUGGAGCCAGAGCAAGUCUUCGUCUGCCUCCCCGCAGUGCCAACGAGCGGCGAAACGAUCAGCGCCUCGCUCCCCAGGCGUCGGGGGCUGGCAGCAGGCGCUCCUCUGUGAGCUCGCAUCCCUCGGGAGGCACUGGGGUUGGGCUCUGAGCGGCAACCCUCCAGCCCAGAGUCACUCUUUUGACACGUGUUACUGCAGCACUGGGCUUACAAACGUCACUUACUGUAAACUACAGGUAUUGCUCGUUGUAAAGGCAGCUUAUUUUCACGUGUAUCUACUGACUGGCUUUUGUCGUUUCAUUUAGUGGGCAACAUUUUCCAUCCUGGAGACAUGUAAGCCAUUGCUAGGACAGCCAUCUGCAGAGUUUACAGAGCAUCUCCCUGCAGGCACUGCGGGUUCCAGCACACUGAGGACUUGCUGAUAGGACUGCAAAACUGCGUUUGGCUGGCCGCAGGCUGUGGACACAGAACAGCAGUCCUCUAGAUAAAGAAAGUUGUCUUAUUUCGGUCUUUAGUAAUGUUUGGGUUUAAAUUCUGAAUCUUACUGAGUCUGUUGAACUUCAUGACAUGCACAAGUGCUCUCACAGUUUUCCAGCUCUAGGAUAGGUAAUGUCACCUAUUCUAACCUCCUUACCAAAAGCAGAAUGCAAAUUUGCUCCCUUUGCUUAUUCAGCUUGGUGGACUGCUUGAAGACAGAAUUUGGCCUCUAGUGUCUAUGAUUCUAAGACUGAUUCUACGAUUCUAAGACACAAUUUGGCCUCUAGUGUCUAUGAUUCUAUGAUUCUAAGACUGAUUCUACAAUUCUAAGACAGAA